CUCUUCCGAGCGCAUGCGUGCGGCGGCAGCGGCGGCGGCGGCAAGAGUGACUGCCGUGGGGUGGUGGCGCCCGCGCGGGCUCCAGGGGGCUCGGCAUGGCGGUGCCCGCGGCGGCUAUGGGGCCCUCGGCGCUGGGCCAGAGCGGUCCCGGCUCCUUGGCCCCCUGGUGCUCAGUGAGCAGCAGCCCGACGCGCUACGUGCUCGGGAUGCAGGAGCUGUUUCGGGGCCACAGCAAGACGCGCGAGUUCCCGGCGCACAGCGCCAAGGUGCACUCGGUGGCCUGGAGCUGCGACGGGCGCCGCCUGGCCUCGGGGUCCUUCGACAAGACGGCCAGCGUCUUCUUGCUGGAGAAGGACCGGUUGGUUAAAGAAAACAAUUAUCGGGGACACGGGGAUAGUGUGGACCAGCUUUGUUGGCAUCCAAGUAAUCCUGACCUCUUCGUCACUGCAUCUGGAGACAAAACCAUUCGCAUCUGGGACGUGAGGACUACCAAAUGCAUUGCUACUGUGAACACAAAAGGGGAGAACAUUAAUAUCUGCUGGAGUCCCGACGGGCAGACCAUUGCCGUGGGCAACAAGGAUGACGUGGUGACCUUUAUUGAUGCCAAGACACACCGUUCCAAAGCGGAGGAGCAGUUCAAGUUUGAGGUCAAUGAAAUCUCCUGGAACAACGACAAUAACAUGUUUUUCCUGACAAAUGGCAACGGUUGUAUCAACAUCCUCAGCUACCCAGAGCUGAAGCCGGUGCAGUCCAUCAAUGCCCACCCUUCUAACUGCAUCUGUAUCAAGUUUGACCCCAUGGGGAAGUACUUUGCCACAGGAAGUGCAGAUGCUUUGGUCAGCCUCUGGGAUGUGGAUGAAUUAGUGUGUGUUCGGUGCUUUUCCAGGCUGGAUUGGCCUGUGAGGACCCUCAGUUUUAGCCAUGAUGGGAAAAUGCUGGCAUCAGCAUCAGAAGAUCAUUUUAUUGACAUUGCUGAAGUAGAGACAGGAGACAAGCUAUGGGAGGUGCAGUGUGAGUCCCCGACCUUCACUGUGGCUUGGCACCCCAAAAGGCCUCUGCUGGCAUUUGCCUGUGAUGACAAAGAUGGCAAAUAUGACAGUAGUCGGGAGGCAGGCACUGUGAAACUGUUUGGCCUUCCUAAUGAUUCCUGAUGGGGCCUGGCGCAGGGAGAAGGCCCUGGCCUGCCUGUGUGUGCGCAUUUGGUCUGCUCUCCUGGAAUGGGUCGCACCCAGAGUAUUUGGAAGUGGGUAUAAAGUAUAAAGUGUUCUGUUGGGCUGCGUGUGCCCGUUGCCUUCCUGGUGUGUUGGCUGUCCCACCCUUUCCCCCUGCAUGAGGGCUGAGCUGUGUGGGUGCUGACGCCAGCAUACUACCUCUGGGGGCCUCCUGCCGUCUUGCUUUUAGGGUGGACUUCGGGGGGCUGCUUCUGCUUGGAUAGCACCUCGUUUGGACGGGCGGGUCAAGAAGGGUGAGUUGGGGUUGGAGGUUUUUUUUUUGAGAUUUUUUUUAAAUAAUUAAAUGUAAUUUUGAGAAUUGAACAUUUAAUAAAACUGACUUGUGUUAUGAGACUUCUAGGACUUUGA